GGGACGAAGAAGAAGAAGAAGUCGAGUGGGGGCGCGGAGGGUCCCGGAAUCCGUUCUUCUAGGCUGGCGUUAGGCAUCGCUUCCCAGGGCGAUUUAUUAUAGCUCAAUUCCUUACAAUCAUUUCGAAAUUGUAGUGCAGCGGUAGCUAUGUCGUCUGUCGGUGGCAGCAGCACAGAUGCCGAGGAACAGCCUGGGGAGGCGGUAGGGUUCAGCAGCGUGAAACGAAGCGGCAUCCUACGGAUGGUCUUCGGCUUCGUUGCCAUUGUUGUCGUCGUCGUGGUCGUCAUUGUCCUGGCUGUGUUUGUCCCCAGAUGGAAUUCCACCUCAGGGGAAAAGCUGCACAUGCAAGACAGAGGGGCUACUGCGCAAACUGUUUUUACUUCUUCGUGGGACGCUCACAUGAACACAAGUUUAAUGACAAAGUUUAACGACAACAUAACGACUCGGGCGAUCCCACCUCCAAUCACCUCCAGCGUGCCACGAUCCAGCAGUGCUUCGGAUAUGUCGUUAGGAUUGACGACGACGGGAGGACCAGAUCACUCGACAAGAUCCGCGAAAGUUUCCGAAGCCUCGCCUUCGUCCAGAAAAUCUUUUGCGUCCACCUCUGCCUCUGCUGUACUGACAACGCCUCGGUUUCCUCAAACGAGCAUGACAAGGGCAAGCCUUUCCCCGGCGAAACCAACGGACCAUACUACGUCAGGCAGGGGAAGGAUUGCCGAGCCAGAGAACAGAACUGACGAACCCGAACGUCCUGCCGUUUCGCCAGCAGACGGCAAACAGGUCAACAGAGGGCUCAGUGUCUCUGAAGGACCUCUGACGACGAAAGCUCACGGGAACUUGUCCUCCGCACGGGAUGAUAACAAAAAUUCUACCGAUGCAACGCCUGCCGAAAAGAUCAUAGAGACGGCGCACGGGGCGAGCUCAGUUAAUCUCACAGCUACAUUUAAUGGUUCCGGAGACCCCCUGCCAACCACGAGGCCCCCUGCAGCUCUUCUCGGCAAGGGCGAUACAGAGGACAAUCGCCAGGCUACUUUGACGACAUCGGCGAUAAACGUCACAGAGCCGGUGCAUAAGUCGAGGUCUGCUAAUACUACCGAAGACCGCCCGGUGGCUAUGGUAUCCGUUGCAAUGACCGACAUAGGUACCGGCAUCGCUGUAGAUCUAUCGCCAACAGCUACCCCGGUGAAGAGUGAAGAAGCCAACCCAGACGAAAAAAAAUUGACCAGACAAGCCGCCAAGGAUGUGACGAGUGCGUCAGAAAUACUACCAGCGCGCACCGUAUUCCACACAGAUGGUAGCCCAAUCAUUGCAGAAGCUGCAAUGAGUACUGGUCUAUAACCGAGGUCACAAGAAAGAACUCCGUAUGCUUGCUUUGCCGUGCCCUGCGAAGCCUUGCCAAUGAAGCCUUCCUUCCAUCCAAUUCAAAUUGCUGUGCAGAUACUUUGAGCUAUGCCCAUAAUAAACUAAUACCUUUACGA